CCUCAGCUCAGUGCUCGCAAGGCACAAGGAGAAACCAGCGGGCGGCACCGGGCUCUCGUUCCUCAAAGCCGGCUGGUGGGGACUUUUCGUAGCACUCGUGGACAUUGCCACAUUUUCUUUUCUGUUUCAACCGGGACUGUCUAUUUUUUAGGGUAUUUUUUUAAUACAUAUAUAUUUUUAACCCAUUUGGAUUCUACGUGGACUUGGCACCGACGUUUUCCACCCCACCGCGCAGUAUAACGCCAGAGGUAAGGGAGAGAGUGUAGUUGCAGGUGUCGACGGGUCGUCUAUUCACCUCCUAAUGAUGAUGGAUGGCCAAACUGGAGAGAGCAAGAACGCAGGCAGAAGCUGAGCGAAUUGGGGAGAUUAAGAAAUAGCAGCAGGAAGACGCUGCUGCAAAGAGAGAGUUCUCUUGGUAACGGACCUUGAACCUGAGUCCUGUGGAGAAGUGGUCUGAAAAAGAGAUUGGAGGACAAAGCGAGGUGCAUCUUCUCAUUGAGUAGUGGCUACGGUGACGGAGGAGCACAUGAGGAGCGGUGUGACAGUAGCAUCCUGACCAGUAACCUUGCAACUGCACCACCCCCUUACGCCUGGCAACCCCCAACAGCUGGCAUUAGAAGGAAGGAAGGAAGGAAGGAAGCCAGCCUACGACCACUCCUCCUCUAGGCAUGAGGUCCUUCCGUUCCUUAAGCAAUGACGACCGCCAUGUCAUGGCGAAGCACUCCACUAUUUACCCGUCCUCUAACGACUUGGAGGCAGUUCAGACACUAGUAUCCAAUGUGGAGUGCGCCCUCAAACACGUCUCAGACUGGCUGGAUCAGACGAGCUUGGAGGCCCAUGGUCAGCUUGAAAGCCAAGUGCCAAACAGUACCGAGGAUACGGAGCCUGCCGAGGAGGAUGAGGGUUCUAGUGAUUGCUACAGGGAGUCCAGCAGUGGUAGAGUGCUGUGCGGAGUGAUGAGAAUUGGCCUGGUUUCGAAAGGCCUUCUGAUAAAAGGCGACAUGGACCUGGAGCUGGUGUUGAUGUGCAGAGACAAACCCACGCCGAUGCUGUUGGACUCGCUCUGCCAUAACUUACCUGGGAAAAUAGAGAAGCUGACAGAGGAGAAAUACGAGGUCACAAGCUCCCUGCCCGAGGCGGCCAUCGUGGUACGGAGUAUGACGGAGCCCAAACUUACACUGAAGAUCACCCUUACCUCUCCAGCCAUGAGAGAUGAUGAUGAUGAGGAGGAGGAGGAGGAAGAAGAAGAAGAAGAAGAAGAGGAACAAGAGGAGGAGGGGGAAGAAGGGGAGGAGAAUGAGGAGUUACAUGUGGAGGGAGCUGAGGAGGUGGAUGCAGAAAAGGAGGAAGAAGUGGAGGAUCAGGAGAAGAGGAAUGGCCACGUGUUGGGUGCUGCUGCGCAAAGAGUGGAGGCUGAGGAGGAGGAAGAGGGAGAGGUGCUGGAUAGACACAGAUGUCUGUUGGCCCUGGCAGCGCUGCGACACGCCAAGUGGUUCCAGGCUCGAGUGAAUGGACUCAAGUCCUGCGUUAUCGUUCUCAGGAUACUUAGAGACAUGUGCAAUAGACAACCCACCUGGGAGCCUCUUAACGGAUGGCCAUUGGAACUGAUCUGCGAGAAGGCCAUUGCCACCUGCAACAGACCCCUUGGGGCAGGAGAAGCCUUGCGCCGGGUCAUGGAGUGUCUGGCCUCAGGCAUACUGCUACCAGGUGGUCCAGGUUUACGCGAUCCGUGUGAGAAACAGCCUACAAACACAUUAGCCAACCUGACAGAUGAGCAGGCGGAAGCCAUUACCUACAGCGCACAGCGCGCUCUCAGGCUCAUGGCAUUUGGACAGAUCUGCAAAGUGCUGGAGAUGGAGCCUCUUCCCUCAAAUAAACCAUUGCAGAAAUACCCUUGGUGUGACAAAGAAGGCUUGGGUCUGAAAAGGCCAUACGAUGACGGAAUGAUGGACGACAAGGACCUCAUAAAGAAGAUGAAGAGGAAUCUUAGGAGAGUUCUCGACGGCAAAGCCAUAGACUCCAACCAGCCAAUGAAUGCCCUGAUGCGGUUGAACCAGAUUCGUCCAGGGCUGCAGUAUCGCCUGCUAUCCCAGUCGGGCCCUGUUCACGCCCCGGUCUUCACUAUGUCUGUGGACCUGGAUGGAACCAUUUACGAAGCAUCGGGGUCCUCCAAGAAGACCGCCAAGCUCCAUGUUGCCGUCAAGGUUCUCCAGGCGAUGGGCUACCCUACUGGUUUCGACUCAGACCUGGACCCCAUGAGCUCGGACGAGAAGUCUGACAGCGAAGGCAAGAGCGAGACGUCCUCUCACACGAGCAAUAACGUAACACACUCCUCAGACAGCUCCAACACACUGGAGGUGCGAACUCAGGGCCCCAUACUGACGGCGAGUGGGAAGAACCCUGUCAUGGAGCUAAACGAGAAAAGACGAGGUCUCAAGUAUGAGCUCAUCUCUGAAAGUGGAGGCAGCCAUGACAAGCGCUUUGUCAUGGAGGUGGAGGUGGAUGGACAGAAGUUCCGUGGGGCGGGCCCCAACAAAAAGGUAGCAAAGGCCAGUGCUGCUUUGGCCGCGCUGGAAAAACUCUUCUCUGGUCCCAAUGCUGCUGCAAACAAGAAAAAGAAGCUACUGCCUCAGACCAAAGGAGCUUUGGCUGCGGCAGCAGCAGCCUCAGCAGUGGCAGCUCAGGUAGCCCGAGGAAGAGGAAGAGCCACCCUCGCACGGGGAGCUUUCGUCAGCGCCGCAGCACCAGGAUACGUUACGCCAGGCUUCGGAACGCCGUACGCUUACAGCCCCGCCGCCGCCGCAGCUGCUCCUGCUUACGGGGGUCUUUUCAUAGACAAUCCCUUCUACCAGCCGCGGACCCUCGCGCCCUUCAUCAUCCACCUGGGCCCCCAGGAUCUCUUCUCUGAGUUCUAAAGGAGACGGCAAGUUUUCGGACCCCCCCACCUCGUUACACGUUACCCUGCGGCGGCUCACACUUCCUUCCUGUUUUUUUUGGUUUUUUUGCCUUUCUAUUUUUGCUGCUGCACUCACAGAUUUCUAAACAAGCAGCAGAAGGUGACAGCUCCUCUCUUCUUCUUCUUCUCGAUGAAGCGGAGACAUCAUGGUGGGAGGAGGAGGACUGUGAGGGUGAGGGGCGGGGCGUACUUUCCCCUAAAGCAAUACUCGUAUUUGACGAGAAAAGCGUGAAUGGGCUGGUCUUAAUAGCAAUAGCAAACACAUGAACUCCUCUCUUCAAGAAGAAUGUCCAGCGACUUCAUGCGGCGUUGCAAUAGCUCGUCUUGAUUGUAUCCAAAAUAUGUGUGUGUGAGUGUGUGUGUGUGUGUGUGUACGUGUGGAUAUGACAUACACACACAUACAUAUAUAUAUAUAUAUAUAUAUAUAUAUAUAUAUAUAUAUAUAUAUAUAUAUAUAUAUAUAUAAGUAUGUAACUGUUUGUUGACUAUAAUAUUACAACAAUGUAUGUAUGUAAAUACAUUUUAAAGGAUAACUUAUUGGUAUAAAUUAUUUUAGGAUGAUACAGUGAAAUGUACCUAUAAUAACACACUAUAGCUUUCUUCCAGUUUUCUAUACACGAGCAAAUUGUAGGAGAACCAAUAUUAUUCCUAUUAAUCGCCGCUCUUAGAGUAAUAAUGACGCUCCCUUCCUUUCUGGAUGUCGUUCUGAGCCUUUUCCAAGAGCUGCUCGCUUCCUCUGAUCAGCUAAUCACGCAGACACACAAACACACACACACACACACUUGCUGUCAGAAAGCACAUGUUCUAAAGUCUCACUGCUGGCAGGGAAUGCGCUACGUGUUUAUUUGUUGUGUGUACAUGUGUGAGUUUUGAGUGUGUGCUCAUCUGUGAAACAUGUCCAGUCAGCUCUGAGGGGCAUUUGCUCGUUCACCUUCAGAAGCAAAAGCACACACAUCGCACUGCAUACUGACUUGAUAUUGUACGAAAACACGGAUUUCUAGCUAACUCAUUGCACAUCUAACUUUUCAACCUAACUAAUUAGGAGUUAAUGCUGCAUCAUUAGGGUAGAAAGUGUCCUCUUAACAUCGGAAUGUGGUCGGAGUAUUCAUUGGCUGUUCUUUGACACUUUUGGAAUAUUAGUCCUUUCAAUUGCCAUUUCUUUAGUUUUGCUGUGUGUAGUUCAGCUGCACGUACGUACGAUUUCACAUGUGCGGUGUGCUGCGUCGUAGCGCCGUUGCACACAUUUACCGUCAUUGUAGGGACCGGUUGUGUUUUCAAGGGCUUGCUUGUUGGUUGGUUUGUUUGCUGUAUUUUGAUAUCACAUGAAUAAUGGAGAAUUGAAAUGAGGGCGUUAAAACGAAAUUUACACGCAAAAAAAGUGUACUGAUUCGAAUUUAAACUUCAAAGUUGCCUACUAAAAUCAUUUCAGUUUAACAACAAUUUAAAGGUCCCACGCCAUCAAUUUUAUCGAGGGAGGAGCAAAUUGCUCAGAGGAUGUUGGCGAAAAUAUAAAGAGAGUAUAGAAGCUCCAGCUCGCUCUUAUUCAAUAUGUGUCCACGUGCGAUCCUCGUCGCUGACGCACAUUUUGGUGACAAUGACGUCAAGCUUCGCUAUGUCAUCCACAGGUACAUUAUAAAUGAUAAAUAUAGUUAAGUGUUGUUGUGUCACAGACUCAUUUUGACCCAUGUUAUGCAUACAACUUGAAAAAAAACAAAUGUUGAUAUCGAAUGGGACCUUCUGUAUUGCUGCAUACCCACCCCCACCCUCCAAAAACAAAACAAGUCAUGUUUAUUCCAGGUAUGAUAUGGAGUUUUCCGUGCCACUCUAAUUGAUCAAUGAGGAACGAAUCACAAGCGGGUCGGAUCCAUUCUUUCUUUGAGAAAACGGCAUGUCUUUCAAAAUCCUUCCUAGUAUGCAUACUCAUAACAAUCUGAUCCACGCUACACAGUACAUCCUGAUAAAAAUCUCAUCCAAUCAGUAACUGCACAAUCUCCCCAUUUCGCAAGCAAUGUACAAGGUAGAAUUGAAUUGUUCUUGCUUCACACCUCUUCUGUCAUUGAACAUUUGCGGUUUGUCUUGUUUUAACGUGAACAUCACCAACCUUUUUGAAAUAGAGAUGUUUUCACCUCU